GACACAUUGAAGUCAUCUUCCUCCUCGGAGUCACAAUCAGCAAAGAUUCUAUAGUGGAUGUAGACCAAAACACACAGAAGAAAAUCCUCUGGCAUAUAACCCUCAGGCCUCGGUGUCGGACCCCACUGCAAGAACUUACCUAUCCAUAAAGAAGUUUAAAUUGAGCAAUCGAUAUUCAAAAUCGAGGGAUUCAAAAGUCGAUCACGAAUCCUUGUACUUCAUUGCCUACACCAACAUGAACAAGGCAGUAAAUGUUGUCAUAAAACCAGACGAGCAACUUUCGAGGUCACUCGAUUGUUCGUCUCCUUACACCCCGGAAGCAACUCAGGAGAAUGGCCAUCAUGACCUGGUGGCACCUAAAGCUCUGUUCCAGAAGCUCAGUAUACUAGAUCGCUUGCUGACGCCGGCCAUAUUGGUAUGCAUGGUCGUCGGGGUAAUUAUCGGCGAGUUUGUACCUGGCGUGCAGCAGGCGUUUGACACCGUCAAGUUCGACAGUGUCUCCGUCCCGAUUGCAAUAGGGCUCAUUGUUAUGAUGUGGCCUAUUCUCACCAAGGUCAAAUAUGAGGCCCUAUCGCGAAUAUUUUUGUCCAGACGUCUGUGGAUGCACAUGGGAAUCAGUAUGAUUCUGAACUGGAUCAUUGGCCCCUUUAUUAUGCUCGGUCUCGCAUGGGCCACGCUUCCCGACCUCCCGACGUACAGGACAGGCGUAAUCCUCGUCGGGCUCGCUCGUUGCAUUGCCAUGGUCAUGGUAUGGAAUCAGUUGGCCGGUGGGGAUGGCGAAUAUUGUGCAAUUCUCGUGGUUGUAAACUCGGUGCUCCAAAUAAUACUCUACUCACCCUAUGCAGUCUUGUUUGUGAACGUCAUUGGACACAGCGACCAGGGUGUUCAUCUCGCCUAUGGUGCGGUGGCAAUUUCAGUUCUAAUCUACCUUGGAAUCCCUCUCCUUGCUGGUAUUAUCACACGCUUCGCAGUCAUUCGAUUGAAGUCAAGAGAAUUCUUUGACAAGACUUUUGCACCACGUUUUUCCCCUCUUGCUCUCAUCGGUCUUCUGUACACCAUCAUCGUCAUGUUUGCGUACCAAGGACAUCAUAUCGUGCAGAAUCUCGGUCCUGUUUUCCGGGUAUUCGUACCAAUGAUCCUGUACUUUGUCAUCAUGUGGACGUCAGCCUUCGCGCUUGUGUUCUUUCUUGCUCGCCGAGAAUCUCGUAAAGGCAAUGCGGACAAUGGUUAUUUCGCGUAUGAAAUGGCAGUGGUGCAGGCUUUCACCGCAGGAAGUAACAACUUCGAGCUUGCGAUUGCAGUAGCGAUCGCUGUGUAUGGAGUGGGGUCAGAUCAGGCGCUGGCGGCGACUAUCGGGCCGCUUGUAGAGGUUCCUGUGCUUCUCGCACUGACCUGGGUGGCACAAUAUUUGCGUGUUAGACUACAGUGGGGGUCGCCUUCAGCGGAUUGCAUGACUGUGAAGGCAUAGUUCGCGAAGAUAUACUCAUGCAUGAAAUUCAUGGCCAGAGAAUACACUGGAGUAGGGGUCUCUAGGGGUAUAGGCGAGGUGGCUGCAGGGUUUGUAGCAGAGCUAGCCGAGGGAGGGUCAUUUAGCAUUGCUUCCUGCUCGUAGAGUCCAGGGCCGGCCCACUCCAACGCUCAACAGCACGGGGACAUACCGCCUUCUAAACCAGCUGUUUAGUAAACGACGACAUACGUAGUCAUGUUUUUGUAAAUAUAUGCAAGCUACUACUUAUAU